ACAUCAAUCAAUAUAUGAGUUCAGAUACUCCCGUGACAAAGACAAUAGGGAUUUCGUUACGUUUGGGAUUCUCUGUUCUUUCAUUUGGUACUUGCCACUGCCAGAGCCUGAUAGGGUCGCAAUUACCAGGCAGGCAUCCGCAUGGCUACCGACUUCAAGUUCAUACCCGUUAUCGAUAUAAGUCCUCUUUUGGCCAAGUGUGACGACCCAAAAAUGGCGGAGGACCCAGGUGUAUAUGAAGUUGUUAGACAGUUAGACCAGGCUUGCCGAGAGGCGGGAUUCUUCUAUGUGAAGGGCCAUGGUAUUCCAGAUUCCAUUAUUAAAGAGGUGAAAAGUGUGGCGCAAAAAUUUUUCGAACUUCCAUAUGAAGAAAAACUCAAAAUCAAGAUGACUGCAGCAACUGGGUUCAGAGGAUAUCAGAGAAUUGGGGAAAAUAUAACUAAAGGCGUGCCAGACAUGCACGAAGCUAUUGAUUGCUAUAAAGAAGUGAAAGAAGGGAUGUAUGGAGAGCUUGGGAAACCUAUGGAAGGACGUAACCAAUGGCCAUCCAAUCCUCCAAACUAUACAGAGCUAAUGGAGGAGUAUAUCAGCCUAUGCACAGACCUUUCAAGAAAAAUUAUGCGGGGAAUUGCUUUAGCAUUGGGUGGAUCACCAGAUGAAUUUGAAGGUGACAGAGCUGGAGAUGCAUUUUGGGUGAUGCGUAUUAUAGGUUACCCAGGUGUAUCCACAUCAAAUGGUCAUGGCCCAAGAAAUGAUAUUGGAUGUGGAGCUCACACUGACUAUGGUUUGUUGACAUUGGUUAAUCAAGAUGAUGAGAUAACUGCACUACAGGUAAGAAACUUGUCGGGUGAAUGGAUUUCAGCUCCUCCAAUUCCUGGAACAUUUGUAUGCAACAUUGGGGACAUGCUGAAGAUUUACUCAAAUGGUUUGUAUGACUCAACUUUGCACCAAGUUAUCAAUAACGCUCCAAGAUAUCGGGUCUGUGUAGCAUAUUUCUAUGAGACAAACUUCGACACAGCAGUAGAGCCUUUGGAAAUUUGUAAACAGAGGACUGGUGGAGCUAAGAAGUUCGGAAGAGCUGUGUAUGGAGAGCAUUUGGUCAGCAAGGUCCUAACAAAUUUCGGUUAGGAGCUGAAAUUGUCAUUUUUUUGUGUAAUAAAUCAGUAAAAUACCUCAAGCUGAAAUGACGAGAUUAGAAAACUUGAGCUGUGGAGAUGAAUGUUAUGAUAUAUAAAUUGUGUCAUUUGAG